GCUAUUCCCGUUUGCGACCCCCCAUCGUCAUCCUAGGCUUCGUAGAAAAUGAGAUACUACGUGGGGCUCUCAUCAACGUAGUAUCUAAUAAGUUAAGGAGAGCUCAUGGGGCGUGCCAUGGGCUGGUUUAGCCUAAGGAAAUGAAAUCACCACGUAGAUGCCUCUGAUCCUCAUAACGGGAGUGGCACGCCUGAUAUUGUCGGAUCUCACCCUCAUCCAUUGUGCUCUUGAGGCUUGUUCCACCGCCACCGCCGCCUCUUGUGUCCAUCUCUCCUCCAACAUCUUGAGCUUUCUUUCGUUUACCGUCCCCCCCACCCCGGCGCUUCUUCACCCUACCGUCUCCACCUCCUUCCCCGCCUUUCUUCUGUCUGUCAUCUGGACCACCUCGGUCUUUCUGCUUAUGCUCUUUUCUCCCGCCGUCUCUUCUGACGAUCUCGCCGUGUAAUAAGGGGAUAUGCUUAGAAUAGGUUCAAAUUCAACUAAUAAUUCUAUAGGG